UUGUCUGAAAUAUUUAAUACCAAUGAUUGUGAAGACGGUUUGGUUCGGUCGAAAGCACAUUCUUUUAUAUGGCGAUCUGCUUCAAUUACCUCCUGUACAUCAAGGUCCUAUUUUUGUACGAUUACCAAAUGACAAAAUUAAUAAAUGUGUAGGUUCUUUAACUGCUGUUAAUUUGUGGACUACAUUAUUUGAUUAUGAUGAGUUGACGAUCAAUAUGCGUCAGCAAGGGGAUGACUCUUAUCGACAGUUGUUGUCAAGAAUUCGUAUUGGUUUAUUGACAAAGUCUGAUUGCGAGAUUCUUGAAAAUAGACAAAUAUCGUUUAAAGGUGAUUCUUUUGAAUCUAGAUUAACCGAAUUACGUAAUUUUAUUAAUGAUUUUCCGUUGGACAUUGUUUGUUUAUUGCCUACUCGUCAUAUGUGUGAUGUUCUUAAUGCUGCAAUGUUAAACCGCAUUGCUUCGAAAGAGAUAUUAAUUGCCGAAGACACGAUUGACUGUAUAUCAUAUGUGAGAAAGAAAGUAUCAAAAGUAUUAUCGAAUAAUGAUGAUGAUAAUUCUAAAACUGGACUUUAA